AUGGAAUGGUUAAUCCUGCUGAAUUUAUUGGAAUGUACAAAGUUGAAAUCUUUGUUCCUUGUGCAUAAUAACUUACUUUCUUUUGAUACUGCUUGUUUACCAAAAUCUUUAACGAUAUUAAAUUUAUCCUCCAAUAAAAUUAAAACUUUGGUGGGUGAUUUUUCAAGCACAAAUAUUGAAAAAUUAUACUUGCAACAUAAUGAUUUAAGGAAUUCAUUUUCCAAUAGAUGGGAACAAAGGGUGUUCUUUGGGCCAUCUAUUAAAUUUGUGGAUGUCAUUUGUAAUCAUUUACUGAAAUACGACGUGGCAGGAAUAUUAGAUGACUUGUCUAACAAACCACAAUUUGAUAUCCUUAAUGUUGAGCAAUCGUUAUGUGUUGAUUUGCCGGAUCCAUAUAAAGAGCAAGCAAGAAAAGUUCGCAAGUUGAAUCAUUAA